CACACAUCCACUGUGAGGAAGUGUUUGGCGUCAUCGGAGAAAAUUUUAGUUUUCCAGUAAAAAUAAACCAAAGAAUAGAGGAAAUGACUUGGAAGAAAAACAAGGAUAAAGUAGCUGAAUGGGAAAGGCAAAAAAACACGACAUAUUAUCUUUCUCUCCGUGGCAGAAGCUUGCUUAAGGACAAUGGAUGUUUGACUAUAUUGAACUUGGAAAAGAGUGAUAUUGGCACAUAUGAGUUACACCACAGGGAUGCUAAGCAAGAUCAUUAUUUAACCUUCAUACUUGAUGUGUUAGAUCCCCCUUCGGAACCUGAAAUAAGUUGCAGCAUCAGUGGUGAUAACUUUGUGUUAAAAUGUACAGCAGAUUUCCAGAGGCCUCUGAAUUAUGCUUGGAAGUUCAGUAACAAGAAAGAAAGUCUUCAGACCCAAGAGAUUUACAUCCUUAAGGAGAAUGUUGAUAGUACCCAGAGAGUUACGUGCUUUGUUAAAUUCUCACAAACAGAAAAGAGCUCUGAAAUCUCUUUGGCUCAAUGUUUUCCAGGUGAAAAAGGAUACAGCGUUCAAAAAAGAAACAGAGGUGCUCUUAUUGCAGUUCUUGUCGCCUUCAUUGUAAUUGUAAUCCUGUUUCUCCUAUUCAAAUAUGACAGAGAAUUGAACAAGGAGGAUAGUGCCCUGAAGGACAAGGAGACAGCUAACGGUGGUGUAAAUGAGGAAGAAUCUUCUGCCAUGCAGAACAGCACCCUGACAUCCAACUGUGCAGUUGACCACGAUGUAACUGAGGGAGACACCUUUGAGAAGGAGAACAGCAGCUUGCAAGAAACCAAGCAUGCAGAUGACAGUGGCAUAAAUGAAGGAGAAGUGACCCAGGAUGCAAAAGGUGGAAAUGGGGAGUAUGUGAACAACUAUUCCAGCCGCAGUAGAGAAGCCCAGUCUGCUAGUAUAUUGACUGUUUGUCCACAACUUGGUGUCAAUCUGCGAACUUGA